AGUGCGUCUGUGCGAGAGAGAGCGGAAGUGGCAGCGGUUGCAGAUCCACACCUUUUCCGGUAAUACCGACAGCAGCAGCACACAACCGGGACCGAAAGAGCAGCCGGAGAGGAAAGAGGGGCGAGAACCGACCCGGGGUGAGAGAGAGGGGGGAUGUUAUUUGAAGGGACAGAAGAGGGAAACUCGUGAUGAAUCAGUGACCUUUGGACUUUUUUUUACUCGCCCAAUCCCCAUUUGGACUCAUUAAAGACCAAAACUGCUGAUCAGAAGUCUUAAAAAAGAGUUAAACCGAAUGAACACAAGAAGGAAGUCUGAAUUGAGCAGAAAGGCCUGUUAAAGAUCUAUAAAGCUUCAGUUUUAAAGAUCUUAUCAAAGCAUAUUUUGCUGGAUUUUCAUGAUUGCUCUUGAGUGUGCACCCUCAGUAGUACGCAACUCAACUUGCCUACAUAGUGGUUUCUGUUUCCCCUUAUGCAUACUGAAUUAGAUUCAUCCAAUGUGAGUCAUUGUUGCAUUUUUAAACCAAUGGCUCUUCAGUUCCAUAUCGAAGUCUGAAACGCAACAAAGUUCGAAGCAAUAUUUUGUGACUUCUCACAUGCUGCAAGACCAAAUAUCCUUCUAAUUGUUCUCCUUGCGACAAAAAUAAUAUAUGCACAGCCAACAAGAUGGGGAAGAUGCUUUCAAAGAUCUUCGGCAACAAAGAGAUGAGAAUAUUGAUGCUUGGACUUGACGCGGCGGGAAAGACCACGAUCCUUUACAAACUGAAACUGGGACAGUCUGUCACAACCAUCCCGACUGUGGGAUUCAACGUGGAGACUGUCACCUAUAAGAACGUCAAGUUCAACGUCUGGGACGUCGGCGGUCAGGACAAGAUCCGACCUCUGUGGCGGCAUUACUACACCGGCACCCAGGGAUUGAUCUUCGUAGUGGACUGUGCGGAUCGAGACCGGAUCGACGAGGCCAGACAGGAGCUGCAUCGCAUCAUCAACGAUCGCGAAAUGAGGGACGCCAUCAUUCUGAUCUUCGCCAACAAGCAAGACCUUCCCGAUGCCAUGAAACCACACGAGAUCCAAGAGAAGCUCGGGCUGACCCGGAUUCGAGAUAGGAAUUGGUACGUCCAGCCGUCCUGCGCCACGACGGGCGAUGGACUCUACGAAGGGCUCACCUGGCUUACAUCCAAUUACAAAUCGUAACGCAUCGAUUCGGAAAAGAGUGGCAACUAGAAGCAAUUAAAGAAUAACUUUGGCUUCUCAGAUCUGUCUGUAAAGUUUGACUUUUUUUUUCUAUUCUUUGAUUUCAUCGAAAUUUAACACGACUUUUCUCACACCCAUUCUUUUUUUGGCUCGCUUGUAAUUCAGUUUGAAUGUUUAAGUGUUUUCGACUAUUCCUUAUACUGCUAAAUUCAUGUUCUUCAUCAGUAUUUUGAUCUGUUUCUCAGUAAAAAAAUAUUUAAACAUACGAUAGUAAGACUUGAAUUCAAGCUGUUUUCUUACACCAUUGGCAAACUGACUAAAAAUAAUUAGAUUUAUGCUUAAAACAAUAAAAACCCAAUGGGGUAAGAAAAAUAUUCUCUGAAAACAAGCCUUGUUGUCUAUGCAACGUGCCUUCUAAUGUAAAUGCAUCUUAAAGGAAUAUUUUGGGGUUAAUACAAGUGAAGCUCAAUCGACAGCAUUUGUGGCAUAAUGUUGAUUACCAAAAACGUUAAUUAAUUUCGACUCAGUAAUAGUGAGACAUUUGCAAUGGAAGUCAAUGGACGUUAAAAUACUCACUGUUUAAAAAGUAUCGCCACAAGACGAAAACAACGUGUGUUAACAUGAUUUUAGCGUGAUAAAAUCACUUACUAACCACAUCUGUGUGACGUUAUAGCCAAUUUUACAACUUUGUUACCAUGGCGACGUAACGCCUUGCACUCUUAAACCCUAAAACGGCGAUUUAAACAACUUUACAGCUCAAGUAAUACGCAAGAAUUACAAGUGCUUUUAUAAAAUGAUAAGAUUCACAUUUCUGUCUUUAAAACCUCCAAAGAUUGACUUCCAUUGUACGUGUCUCACUGUAACCUCAAUUGUUUAAAGAAAAGCAGGGUUAAAAUGUAAAAAUUUAAAAUGUGUAUCGUGUCACAAAUGCUGUCGAUUGAGCUUAACUUGUAUUGAACGUGGAAUAUUCCUUGAAGGACGUUUAGAUAUUUUUUUACUGGAAAACAGUACAUAAAUACUGAAAUAAAAUGAUUUUAUGCAGUGUAAAGUAUUAUUUUCAGAAGCUGUGGGGUUUUUCCAUUUCAGUUCAGGUGAAGAUUUGCCCCUUGAUUGACAUGGAAAAGGUUUUUGUUUAUUAUUAUUAUUAUUUGUCUGAAGAUCCAGUUAUUAGUCCAUUAAAUGGCAGCUUAUUUGUGUACGUCUGUGCCAUCACGUAUAACGAAUGUAAAGAGAAUAGCUACAGUACAGAGCAUUCUGAUAAAACACAAAUACAUGCAGAAUUUCAUCAACAACAUCAAAGUAUUUUUCCAUGAAGAUAAUUUACGUUUUGUUUUUGUCAGUAAGCUUCCAUUUCAACUUAGAAUUUACACUGUUUUGGGCUUUUUUGAUGAGACAAACCAGAGGUGCUCCACAAAACACGACAUUAUGUACCCCUAAACGAGAUUUACUCAAAACAGUCUUUUGAAUUUAGUAUGCACUUGAGUGGAUCCGACCAUGUUAACCCGUCUCUGUUAUGGUUCUGGUACCAGCUCUCCUCCAACUGUAACACCGCACAAAUCACACCAAGCCUCCUUUUCUCGUACUAAAUUAAGGCUAAAUGCUUUGUUUUAUUAUUUUGACUUAUUUGUUAUGCUGAGAAAUAAUAAAAUCUAUAUAUAUAUCCAGUACAAUGUGAUUGAAUCUUCUUGACGAGGUAUAAUGUACCAGAACGGCACAUUUACAUUGUAUAUUUUGAAUGUGAAAGUGUUUUUUUGAGUUUGGGAGCCGGAGGUCAGGACAGAAGCGUACUGGUCAGUUUUCAUCCCUGUGAUUAUAUAUCUGACCCUGAGAAGUGAAUAAGUGAUGACGUCUUUGGUUUCAGGGUCAAAUGAUCACGUGCUUCCAUUUUCACUCACGCUGCGCACACACACUGAGUGCACGUGAGAGACAAAAGUGUUCAUGUUUUAUAUAAAUUUGAGUUAGCCACUUCCUCUGUCAGUAUUGUUUGAUGUUGUACUGUAACUUCAAGUUUUCCAGUUCAACAAGAGAACACAAGAGUAAAGAUGCACUUAUGUUUUCCAACAUGUUUGCAUAACGGACAGUUUAAUUAAAUUCAGUUUCCAGGCAUGCAUCACUAAUGAUUUUGUACCUUUUACUUGAAUGUUUAAUGCAUACUUGGCUGAAUCUCACAAAAACAUCUAGAUCAUAUUUCACCCAAAAAUCAAAAACAAGCAACUUGAAAUUAGAUUUUGGAUAGCAGAAAUACAUUUUUGAUUUGUGACUAGAGGUCGACCGAUAGUGGAUUUUGCCGAUACCGAUUAAAAAAUUAUUCUUUCUUUACUCUGGUGGCUAAAGACAAAGAGUCCAAAAUGCAUGAAAUCCCAGAUGCAGUUUUUUUAUUCAACCAAAAUCCCAAUAAUAAGCAGAAAAAAAUGAUUUGGUGCAUAACGCAGAACAAGCCCGAAACACACCAGAGACUCUUAUUUUGAAAUGAUGAAAAAUCUAUCGGCAACUAUCGCCAUUUUUGCCAAUAACUGAUAGUUCCGAAAAGCAACUAUCGGCACCGAUUAAUUGAUAAACCGAUAUAUCGGUCUACCUCUAAUUGUGACAUUAUUUUCAUGACAAUUAAAUAAUUCUAAUUACAUAAUGUACUUUUGAGUUUUAUCAUUCUCAUUAUUCUCAAUAAUUGUACUAGUUACUGUAAUGCAGUAAUUUUACUAUAUAACAAUGUGUAAUACUGUAAUACAAUGAUUAAAAUAAUAAUAAUAAAAAAGUAUAAUUUCUUAAUAUAGUUUCUUAAAAAUGUAUUAUUGAAACUAGUUUUAUAUAUACUCUAUUUAAGCUAGAGGUAGACCGAUAUAUCGGUUUAACCAAUUAAUCGGUGCCGAUAGUUGCUUUUUGGAACUAUUGGUUAUCGGCAAAAAUCUAUGUCGAUAGUUGCCGAUAUAUUUUUUUAUCAUUUCUUCAUUUCAAAAUAAGAGUCCCUGGUGUGUUUCGGGUUGUUUAUACUUAAAAGUCCUGCGUUAUGCACCAAAUCUUCUUUUUUCUGGUUAUUAUUGGGAUUUUCAUUGAACAAAAAACUGCAUCUGGGAUUUUAUUCAUUUUGGACUCUUUGUCUUUACCCGCCAUAGUGAAGAAUGACUUUUUAUAUAUUUUGUUGACAUUUUAUAAAUGGAUUUUAAAAACUAUCGACUGAUUAAUCAGUUAUCGGCCUUUCCCACCACCUUAGUUAUCCUAUCGGCAAAAUCCACUAUUGAUCGACCUCUAAUUUAAACUAUUAUUUCAAAUAUUAAAUAUUACUUUUAUUAAAUAUUUAAAAAGGGCAAUACAACAAAUACCACCAUGAUGUGUAUAUAAUUCUCUAUUUAAAUUAUAUAUAUAUAUAUAUAUAUAUUUAUUAUUAUUAUUUCACAUUACAGUAAUGAAAGAUGGAUGGGGGGGGCUUAAUUGUCAUGAAAAUAAUUUCCCAAUUCAAAUAAUGUGAAUUGUUCCAAAAAUAGGCUUCAUUUUCAUUAUGUAAAAUAAAAUGUAUUGAUUUUGAUUUGUGAGUGAAAUAUGACAGGUCUGUAUGAUUCACCCACCUGUCGCUUGAGCAGCUUUCAUUGAAUUGUCAAGGAAUUAAAUAUAUAUAUAUAUAUAUAUAUAUAUAAUGAGAAAUAUUCUCAUGAAUGUGUCAUCGUUGCUGUUAAAGGUGUGGUGAAAACUGCAACAUGAUGCAGUUUACAGGAUUAUUUUUGGAUUAGCUCAAUCUCUCUCAUUAUAAUCUUACACAGAACGACUCUUACGUGUUUUCCAGUGGAACAUGAUGUUGUUUGUUUAGUGAGUUUCAGUGGAGUUUGACCUGCUGUUGAGAAGAUUGUGCACAGAAUGGACACUUUUGAGUUAAAAAAUAUAUUCAGGUAGCUCUUACUCGACUCUGUUACACAAACUACAAACAUUUACUUGGUGUUUGAAACAUGGCAUUAAAGUAUCUGUUUUAAAGAGGAAACAAAGUACUGUACACUUAUAUUUUAUAGAGCUUUUCAGGUUGUGGUCCAAAAACCUGGAAGAGAAUGAGCAUUUUUGGGAUUUUUCUAUGGGUUUUAUAGUGACAGUUUUGGAUUUAAAAGUAAAAUUAAGUCUGUGUUAAACAUUAUUUGAAGAUACUUGGCGGUUUGUUCUACAACAUAAAUUACACACAGUCACACAUCAAACAUUAAGUUUGAAGCUGCCCUGUUUUUAAUAAAAAAGUAUGUUGCUAAGAAGUUGCUAGAUAAGGACUACAACAAUUUUCCAUUUCCCUAAACACACACACUCAUGUGCUUGUGGUAUUUGUAGUCCUAAAUUAGCAAUCGACAAAUGCCAUAUGACCUGUCAUUAAACCUUUACAGGGUUUCUGCAGGUCUGAAAAAGUCUUAAAUUGCCCUUUCGCAAAUUUAAGUCUUACAAUCAUAAGGUCAUGGUAUUAAAUGUUGCAUGAGGGAUUGGUUUCUCAUUGCAUUUAAGGUCGUUUUAAAGUGAAGAGUAAUUUUUGAGCAUGAAUAGCCCCAUACCAAAUUUGCGGUCUGUAGGACAAACUCUUUAGCGCCACCACCAGUUCAAAAAUUCACUUUUCUUUUGUGUGCAUCUUUUGAACCAUUUGUCCUAUACAUUCUUUUUGCAUGUAAUUACUCUCCUCCUGAUGAUACUAAUGGACCGCUUAAAUUUAAACUCCGCCCAUUACAGUGGCUGCCAUCUUGGAUUAUGGCAUUUAUCGUUUAUUUGCUACUAUUCCUGCAAACUUUGCCCAAUUUGCCUAAACAGAGGCUCAAAAUAAUCUCUGGAUCUCUCAAGACAGAAUGAAUAAUACCAUUUAGAUUUGAGAUUUUGUUUAAAAGUUACGUUUAACAAGGUCGACAUAAAACAGGAAGUGAGGCUAUAUCUUGCCAAUGGUUUGUUUUAUUGAAACGAAACUUGGUAUGCUUCAUCAGGACCAUGAUCUUAGGGUACGUGCAAAGUUUGGUGACAGCGCCACCUAUGGGUCAAGCUAUCUGCCCUUAAAAUAUCCUAAAAUCAUGAGUUUGGUGUCUAUGGGUUCAUUGGGUCAUGAGGAUUUCAACGAUUCCAAUAUCAGCCAUACAGCCUCUCUGGCACAUUGAUUUUUACCUUAAAGUUAAAUAUCUUUUGAAUGCAUUGUCAGAUUUAUAAGAAAUUUGGUAUGCAUUAUUGUCAUCAUGUCCUGAAUGUACCUGAGCAGUUUGGAGACAGCGCCACCUAUAGUUCAAAAGAUAAUCCACACUUGUGUGCUGACUCCAACCUUGACAUGUCUUUUUGCCGUUCCUGACUCAUGUCAACUGAGUGGCACAGUGUGUUCAUUUCUGUAAAUGUAUAUAUUAUUGGCUAAUCUAGGACAUUAGGGAUUAAGAUUGCAGAAUCAUAAGGGACUUUUUUUAAAACAAAAGAUAAAAAAAUCAUAAAUGCUUCUUUUGUUGAGCUUCUAGAUUUAUGACCAAAUGUAUUUGAAUAAAUUCUUGUUUUUA